CAAUGGCUUCCGAAGAAGAAAAUGAUGAAACUAUACAUGAAGAGGAGGAGGCAGCAGAUGAAACCGCACAACAAGCUGAACUUUCGAAUGACUCAGAUGCACCUUUGAAACCGAAUAAUGACGAAGAUGACGAUUACGAUCCCGAGGAUACGCGCAAAAAGAAAAAGGGUAAAAAACGUAAAACAAGGAAAGGCGAAGAAAAGGGUCGCAAGAAAAAGAAACGCAAGAAGAAUGAAAGCGAAGAGGACAGUGAUUUUAUGCAACACGAUGAGGAUGCCGGCGACUAUGCCAAUACAUCGUCAUCAUCGAAGCGUGGCCGCAAACGUAAGGAGGUCGAUAAGGCGAGCAAGGAAAAGGAAUCUUCAUCAUCGGGUAUGCCAUCCGUUGAAGAGGUUUGCUUGGCAUUCGAUGUCAACGAUGUUGAUAUUCAAUACACCGACGAAGAGCUGCAACAGCUUACAACCUAUAAAGCCUUUGCCCAGCACGUGCGACCCAUCCUGCAAAAGGAGAACACCAAGGUGCCAGCACCCAAGCUGAUGAUGUUGGUAGAGGCUAAAUGGCGUGAAUUUUGCAACGCCCAUCCGAAUAUUGUGCAAAAUAAUGAGCAGUCACGCAGUGAAGAAGGUGGCAAUGAACCGAGAUCUUCACGCUCUUCCAGAAAUGAAAAGCCCGAUGACCUAUACGAAGAAGAAGAGGACGAAGAGGAGGAGGAAGAAGAAAAAGAAUCCUCAUCGAGUGGCCGUCGUAAACGUGGCGGACGUGGUCGUGGCAAAAAAGGCCGUCGUUCCGGUAAAGUUCCUACGCUCAAGAUUAAAUUUGGCAAACGUAAACGUGGCAGUUCCGAUGAAGAUCAAGAUGCUUCGGGCGCCUCGGAACGUGAUUCCGAUAUUGAAUUUGAGAAAAUGUUACAGAAAUCCGAUGACAGUGCCGAUGAUAUACCCAAUACAUCAUCGGCUGCAGCCGGGGGCGCCGCCGCUUCGACAUCUUCCGCUGCAGCAGCCAGUGGCACGGAUGCUGCUACUGCUGCGGCAACCAAUGAGGAUGGCACCCCAGUGGUUCGCAAGAAGGCCAAAGUUAAAAUUGGCAAUAAAUUCAAAAAGAAAAAGAAGCUCAAGACCACUUCACGUUUUCCCGACGGCGAAGAUGGUGAACACGAACACCAGGACUAUUGUGAGGUGUGCCAGCAGGGUGGUGAAAUUAUUCUAUGCGACACCUGCCCUCGAGCUUACCAUUUGGUAUGUUUGGAACCCGAAUUGGAAGAGCCCCCCGAGGGUAAAUGGUCGUGUCCCCACUGUGAAGCGGAUGGCGGUGCUGCCGAAGAAGACGACGAUGAUGAACAUCAAGAAUUCUGUCGCAUCUGUAAGGACGGCGGAGAGCUGUUGUGUUGCGACUCGUGCCCUUCGGCAUAUCACACUUUCUGUUUGAAUCCACCGCUGGAUACAAUACCGGACGGGGAUUGGCGUUGCCCACGUUGCAGUUGCCCACCGCUGACGGGUAAGGCUGAAAAGAUCAUCACCUGGCGUUGGGUGGAGUCCAAAGAUGCCAAGGGCAAAGGCAAGGGUUCCCGUAUGCGUGAAUAUUUCGUCAAGUGGCACAAUAUGUCGUACUGGCACUGCGAAUGGGUACCCGAGAUCCAAAUGGAGGUCCAUCAUCCUCUAAUGAUUCGCUCAUUCUCUCGCAAGUACGACAUGGAAGAACCGCCUAAAUUCGAGGAGACGCUGGACGAGGCAGAUUCGCGUUAUCUGCGCAUACAACGCCACAAGGCCAAGGGCGGCAUCCAGGCCGACGAAGAAGACGAACAGUACAAGAAAGAUCUGGAAGAAAGGUUCUAUAAGAACGGUGUCAAACCCGAAUGGCUGAUUGUCCAGCGGGUCAUAAAUCAUCGCACCGCCCGAGAUGGCACCACAAUGUAUUUGGUAAAGUGGCGCGAUUUGCCCUAUGACAAGUCCACAUGGGAGGAUGAAAGUGACGACAUACCAGGGCUGAAGCAGGCCAUUGACUACUAUUUGGAUCUGAGGGCCAUGUGCACAUCGGAACAACGUCUGAACAAGAAGAAGAAGGGACGCAAGAGUAAAAACAAGGACCUCGAGGAGGAAGAUCGUCCCCAGAGACGUUUCACACCGCCGCCGGAAAAACCCACAACCGAUCUGAAAAAGAAAUACGAAGGUCAGCCGCCAUUCUUGGAAGCCACCGGCAUGCAGCUGCAUCCCUACCAAAUCGAAGGUAUCAAUUGGUUGCGUUACUCGUGGAGCAAUGGCGUCGACACCAUCUUGGCCGAUGAAAUGGGUCUGGGUAAGACCAUUCAGACCGUGACCUUUUUGUAUUCCCUCUACAAGGAGGGUCACUGCAAGGGACCCUUCUUGGUGGCCGUGCCCCUUUCGACCAUCAUCAAUUGGGAGAGAGAAUUUGAACUGUGGGCUCCCGAUUUCUAUUGCAUCACCUAUGUGGGCGACAAGGACUCCAGGGCUGUCAUUCGUGAGAAUGAGCUGUCCUUCGAAGAGGGGGCCAUUCGCGGUGGCAAGGCUUCGCGCCUUCGGACUACCCAAUAUAAAUUCAAUGUCCUGCUCACCAGCUACGAAUUGAUUUCAAUGGACGCCGCCUGUUUGGGUUCCAUUGAUUGGGCCGUCUUGGUGGUGGAUGAAGCCCAUCGUCUCAAAUCGAAUCAGAGUAAAUUCUUCCGAAUUCUCAACUCGUACAACAUCACCUAUAAGUUGCUGCUGACAGGUACACCACUGCAGAAUAACCUGGAGGAGCUGUUCCAUUUACUGAACUUCUUGUCGGGAGACAAGUUCAAUGAUCUGAAUGCUUUCCAGAAUGAAUUUGCCGAUGUCUCCAAAGAGGAACAGGUGAAACGUUUGCACGAAAUGUUGGGCCCCCACAUGUUGCGUCGCCUGAAAGCCGAUGUGCUCAAGAACAUGCCCUCCAAGUCGGAGUUUAUUGUCCGAGUGGAGCUGUCCGCAUUACAGAAGAAGUUCUACAAAUUCAUUCUGACCAAAAACUACGAAGCCCUCAACUCCAAGAGUGGUGGCAAUUCGUGUUCCCUGGUCAAUGUAAUGAUGGACCUGAAGAAGUGUUGCAACCAUCCCUAUCUGUUUCCCUCGGCCGCAGAGGAAGCUGCCACCACUGCUGGUGGUCUCUAUGAGAUCACGUCCCUGACAAAGGCGGCCGGAAAAUUGGUCCUGCUAUCGAAAAUGUUGAAGCAACUGAAGGAGCAGGGUCAUCGUGUUUUGAUUUUCUCGCAAAUGACAAAAAUGUUGGACAUCCUCGAGGAUUUCCUGGAAGGCGAAGGCUAUAAAUAUGAACGUAUCGAUGGCGGCAUCACGGGUAAUUUGAGACAGGAGGCCAUCGAUCGCUUUAACGCUCCGGGAGCCCAACAGUUUGUAUUCUUGCUAAGUACUCGGGCCGGUGGUUUGGGUAUCAAUUUAGCCACAGCUGACACGGUUAUCAUCUACGAUUCUGAUUGGAAUCCCCACAACGAUAUACAGGCCUUUUCGCGAGCCCAUCGUAUUGGCCAGGCCAAUAAGGUGAUGAUCUAUCGUUUUGUGACCCGUAACUCGGUCGAGGAGAGAGUCACCCAGGUGGCUAAGCGUAAAAUGAUGUUGACCCAUUUGGUGGUGCGUCCCGGGAUGGGCGGCAAGGGUGCGAACUUCACCAAACAGGAAUUGGAUGAUAUUUUGCGUUUCGGUACCGAGGAGCUGUUCAAAGAGGACGACAAGGAGGAAGCCAUUCAUUAUGACGACAAGGCUGUGGCCGAACUGCUGGAUCGUUCCAACAAGGGUAUUGAGGAGAAGGAGUCGUGGGCCAACGAAUAUUUGUCCUCAUUCAAGGUGGCCUCCUACGCGACCAAAGAAGAGGAGGAGGAAGAGGAGACAGAGAUCAUUAAACAAGAAGCUGAAAAUUCCGAUCCUGCCUAUUGGGUGAAACUUUUGCGCCAUCACUACGAACAGCAUCAGGAGGAUGUGUCCCGUACCCUGGGCAAGGGAAAACGUGUGCGCAAACAGGUUAAUUACACCGAUGGUGGUGUAGUGGCUGCUGAAUCGACACGGGAUGACAGCAAUUGGCAAGACAACAACUCGGAAUAUAAUUCCGACUAUUCUGCUGGGUCCGAGGAGGAUGGUGGCGAUGAUGAUUUCGAUGAACAAAAUGGUGCUGAGGGCGGCGGACGCAAGGCUCGACGUCGUGUUGAGCGUAGGGAUGACCGUCCUUUGGCUCCGUUGUUGGCUCGUGUCGGCGGUAACAUUGAGGUAUUCGGUUUCAAUUCGCGCCAACGCAAGAGCUUCCUCAAUGCCAUUAUGCGUUACGGUAUGCCACCGCAGGAUGCGUUCAACUCCCAGUGGCUGGUCAGAGAUUUGCGUGGAAAAUCGGAGCGCAACUUCAAGGCGUACGUGUCGUUGUUUAUGCGCCAUCUGUGCGAGCCUGGUGCAGAUAAUGCCGAAACAUUUGCCGAUGGAGUGCCACGUGAGGGUCUCUCGCGUCAGCAUGUGCUUACACGCAUCGGUGUAAUGUCGCUGAUCAGGAAGAAGGUACAGGAAUUCGAACACAUCAAUGGCUAUUACAGUAUGCCGGAAUUGAUAUUGAAACCAUGCGAACCGGUUAAAUCACAGCAAAAGGAAGAAGGUGGUUCGGUUGAGGGUGCUGCAGCAGCGAGUGGAGCUAAACCCGAGGAUAAAAGUGCUACCACAAGCACAAGUGCAACACCAGCUACAAGUGCGGCUCCAAGCCCAGCCCCCGCUGACAAAUCGGAAGAUACCAAACCCUCAACAACGACGGGUAAUGAUGACAUCAAAAAAGAAGCCACCGGAGAUGGGGCCGAUGAUAAGAAAUCCGCAGAGGAGGUGGAUAAAAAAGAAGAAAAACCAGAUAUAUCUGCUGCAGAUUCCAAUGAAACGGUCAAAAAAGAAGCUGGCGAAAAGGAUAAGGAAACGGCCGCCGACAGCAAGGAGGGUAUUAAAGAUGAAAAACCCGACACCAGCGGCGAUGUUAAAAAAGAGUCUAGCGAAGGUGGUGGUGUUGAGGUUAAAAACGAAAAGGAUACUAAGGAUGAAAAGGCCAAAGAGGAUGACAACAAAACCACCACCACCGAAAUCAUUGAUGAUGAUGACGAUGAUGUGCUGAUCAUCAAAGAUGAUGGUGAAGUUGAGAAACCUUCUCAAAGUGCCCACAAAGCUGCCGCAGCCGCCGCCGCCGCUGCAUCCGAAAAUAAAGACAACAAAGAAGGUGGCUUAAGCAAACCGAAAAUCGAAGAAAGUCUGGAGGUACUAAAACGUAAAUUUAUGUUCAACAUUGCCGAUGGCGGAUUCACCGAAUUACACACCUUGUGGCUGAACGAAGAGAAAGCCGCCGUUCCGGGCCGUGAAUAUGAAAUAUGGCAUCGUCGUCAUGACUAUUGGCUGCUGGCCGGUAUUGUCACGCAUGGCUAUGGCCGCUGGCAGGAUAUUCAGAACGAUAUUCGCUUUGCCAUUAUCAAUGAACCAUUCAAAAUGGACGUCGGUAAGGGUAACUUCUUGGAAAUUAAAAACAAGUUCUUAGCUCGUCGUUUUAAGCUGCUCGAGCAGUCGCUGGUUAUUGAGGAGCAAUUGCGUCGCGCGGCAUUCCUAAAUCUUGCCCAAGAUCCCACACAUCCGGCAAUGUCGCUGAAUGCCCGAUUCGCUGAAGUUGAAUGUCUCGCCGAAUCCCAUCAGCAUUUGAGUAAAGAAUCAUUGGCCGGCAAUAAACCGGCAAAUGCUGUACUCCACAAGGUACUCAAUCAGUUGGAGGAACUGUUGUCGGAUAUGAAAAGCGAUGUGUCACGGCUGCCAGCCACAUUGGCCAGAAUACCACCGGUGGCGCAACGCCUACAAAUGUCCGAGAGAUCGAUAUUGUCGCGUUUGGCCGCCACAGCUGGAAAUGUUAAUAAUGCAGCUCAAUUGAUGCCACAAUUCCCUGCCGGAUUUCAAGGAACAACACUGCCAGCCUUUGCUGGUGGACCAGCUGCAAACUUUGGCAAUUUCCGACCACAAUUCUCAGUACCGGGUCAGUUAUCGGCUAACAAUACAUCUAAUGUAGGAGGAAAUUAA